UGUACGAAGACAUACUUUCGAUCAUUGGUGCAUUUAAAUUUCAAUGAAAAUUUGAUUCAGACACGGAUUUUGAUAUUUGUUUAGAAAUAUACAAGCAUGCGACUUGAAAUACAACAGUCUUACUGGUUUUUAUGUAACAAAUAAUUUCUAUUACAUCACAGACAAUAGAGGCAACAGCUAUAUCCCGGUGAUCAAAUCUCGAGAAAUAAUUGAGAGUUUACAUAUCGAGAAAUACAAACAAAAACAGAGGAAAUUGAAUUAACAUCAAAAGCACCGAGACAAUGUAUAUCAACACGAUAAAUUGGAAUUGAAUAAUUUACUACUGUGAUGGAAAACGCAACAGAAAUUAAUGUUCAAAAUCAAGUUACGACGGGACGAUAUUGUGCUUCAUACAACAUGAUGAGGAAUCUUGUUACUAGGUUGUUUAGGUUAAAAGUGGUGCCAAUAAUGGUUUUUGUUGGGAUUUUAGUUUUGGGAGUUACCUUCAAUAAUGAAUAUAAAAAGACGUUGCAAGUAGUACAAGAUUAUUUAAAUUCGAAAAUGGUUCGUGGAAUUGUGACAAAAGUGAACAACGAUACAAAUAUGCCUUUCAUGAGUCAUCAACAGCUUCAAAAUAAAGAUGGAGUGAAGAACAAAAUUGUAAUUGCAUCGUAUAUGCGUAGUGGAUCAACCUUUACGUCAGAACUAAUUCAACAAGGAAAGAAUGUUUUCUUCGUUUUUGAACCUUUUCAUGGUAUAUACCAUCAGCAGUAUAGAAGAAAAGAUAGUGUAUGCACGAGAGAUGGAGCAUGCAGAUUCACAUUAGAUAAACUUGAAAGCCGAAAUACAACUUUUGAAAUAUUCAAAAACAUUUUUAGCUGUAAAAUGUCAUUUCUCCCAGCAGAAGUACUUGCCUCGUUUUGGAAAUUUGAAAGCCUCACUGGAAGGUCAAGAUUAAACAAAUGUUACAAACCCAAAACUUUGAAUAAUAUAAGAGAUUUGGUAAAGAAACGAAAAUGUAUUCGUUAUUUGGAAGAUAUCUGCAAUAGAUCUAACACCAUUCUGAUCAAAACCAUUCGGAUGUCAUUGGAUAUUCUAUUCGAUAUUUUCAGUGGAAUUCCUCAUCUCAAAAUUGUACAUCUAGUACGAGAUCCCAGGGCGAUUUUAAACUCCCGAGAUGUCUUCUUCUUUGAGAAAAAUGCUCCUGUCGAUAUCACGAGUAUUAAAACCUCAGCAUACGCAUUGUGUGACAGAAUGUAUAAAGAUGUCAUUACUAACAAAGACUAUAAUCAAACAAAACAAGGUGCGUUUGUUUUGAAAUAUGAAUGUCUCGCUACUGAUCCGAUGACAGUGACAAAAAUACUAUACAAUUACUUGAAUCUGGAUUAUACAGAUAGUGUACCAAAUUGGCUGCAAAGACAUACGCGAGGAAAUAAAACUGAGGAAGGGAAAGUUGGUGCGCAAAAGGGAAAUUCUUUAAGCAUAUCUACAAAGUGGAUAACUAGAUUUUCACAAAAUGUGUCAAAACUAAUUGACAAGGAAUGUAAAAUUUUAUACAAAAGUCUUGGAAUUACAGACUCGCAAUCAAUGUUGCAGCAAUAUCGGAAAAACAAACCAAAAUUGUAUGAAGAAAUGUGUCGUGAUUAUCGUAUACAACUAAAUCAAAGACGAUUAAUAUAAUUCAUAUAAGUAUAUUUAUAGUG